UUUCAGCUUGUUGAUCACGAUGUCUUCAUUAGAUCGUCCUGUAAAGUGUGCUUUGUGGGCUGUUGUAUUGAAGCCGUGUGAAGAAGGUCUUGGACAUAAUUCGUAUAUAAAUGUGUCUGAUGUGCGAUCUGAAAUAUUGUCACGUAACCUGUCCAAUAUCAAGAUAUUAUUAAAAAACGGCAGUAAUGAACUAUUUAAAAUAUUUCGUGAUACAAGUAUAGGGAUCCUAGACCUGGGAACGGCUGAUUGUUUCUCAUUAUCAUCAGAGAUUCUUUACACGCUCAACAAGUUAACAAUGCUUUAUUUGCGUGGUACCUAUUCGGGUCGAUGUGAUCUCAGGCUGCCUGCUUCGUUGCAGUGUAUUAGUCUGCAGGAAGUCAAAUGUACAUCUGAGUGGUUGUGUAGCUUGUUGAUCACGAUGUCUUCAUUAGAUCGUCCUGUAAAGUGUGAGUUGUGGGAUGUUGUAUUGCAGCUGUGUGAAGAAGGUCUUGGAGAUAAUUCUUAUAUAAAUGUGUCAGAUGUGCGAUCUGAAAUAUUGUCACGUAACCUGUCAAAUAUCAAUAUACUCUUAGCGAACGGCAGUAUUGAACUAUUUGAAAUAUUUCGUGAUACAAGUAUAGGGAUCCUAUACCUGAGAACGGCUGAUUGUUUCUCAUUAGCAUCAGAGAUUCUUUACUCGCUCAACAAGCUAAAAAAGCUUUGUUUGUGGGGUACCUAUUCGGGUCGAUGUGAUCUCAGGCUGCCUUCUUCGUUGCAGUGUAUUAGUCUGCAGGAAGUCAAAUGUACAUCUGAGUGGUUGUGUAGCUUGUUGAUCACGAUGUCUUCAUUAGAUCGUCCUGUUGAGUGUGAGUUGUGGGAUGUUGUAUUGCAGCCGUGUGAAGAAGGUCUUGGAGAUAAUUCUUAUAUAAAUGUGUCAGAUGUGCGAUCUGAAAUAUUGUCACGUAACCUGUCCAAUAUCAAGAUAGUUUAAAAAAAUGGCAGUAAUGAACUAUUUGCAAUAUUUCGUGAUACAAGUAUAGGGAUCCUAGACCUGAGAACGGCAAAUGUACAUCCGAGUGGCUGUGCAGAAUGUUGACAAUGUUAUCUUCAUUUGAUCAUCCUGUCGAGUGUGUGCUGUGCGAUGUUGUAUUUCACCCAUGUGAAGAAGCUCGUGAAAAUUAUUCUCUUAUACAUUUAUUUGAUUUGAGAUCGGAAAUGUUGGCACGUGAUUUGUCCAAUAUCAAAAUAUUUGUAAGAAAUGGCAGUAAAGAGCUGUUUAAAAUAUUGAGUGGUUCGAGUGUUAGAGUGUAUUACAAUUUGCAGCGUGUGACUAGUAUGCACUCAUAUAACUAAGAUAAGUGACACAAUGCGAAUUAAUCAUGCCCGAACAAAUUCGUUUAAGACGAUUUAAAUACAUGUAACAGGGUUUCACUACAAAUUUAUAGCUUAUAUGCAAUGUUUGAUUUUAGAAACAGAUUACAAAUUAACGAAAUGCGUUAUGCAUUAUUUAUAAUUAUGCACUCACAAAGAUAUAUUUUAUAAUGAUUUUUUCACUGUCCAUCGCGUAAGCGUCUAUGAGUACGCGAUAUCCCCCAUCUAUGAAAAAAGAAACUAUGUUUACAAAUCACAUGCUAUUUAAGGUUUUAAUAACCAGUAUGUUUUACCUAUAUGGUUACCCAAGUUGUUGUUGAAUUAAUUCAGUGAAAAUACUUUAUCAUGUGUUUUCGUGCAUUUUAUUUGAUUUUACCUUAUGUGUUUUCAUCGGAUUUAAUUUAUGCUUGUAAUUAUUGACAAGAUAUGCUGUGUUUUAUAGUGUGUUGUAUUUUUGAACGACUCAAUUACUGUUCAUAUCAUUUAACCCAAAUGUUAGUGGAUAAACUUGACUUUAUUAAUAUAAAUACAUUUAAAUAGUUUCAUUUUUAAUUUGCUUUUGAGGCGCUUUUUGACGUUCAAUAUGUUGUAUCCUUUUUAUUUGUUUAAUGGUUGCUGGCAAAUAUAUGUAAAAUCAAAUUUACAAAAAUAAUUCCUAUCUGUAGUUAUAAAUGUUUUUCAGUAAUAUAUCAUGACGAUGUUAUUCAUUUGAAAUAACCAUGCAAACGAAAUGUAAAGAUGGCAUAUAAAUGUGCACGGAAUGUAAAUUCCCUUUUUAAUGUUUUUGUACAUGAUUAUUAUUGGUAUAAACUUAUGCAACUCAAUGACAUUUAAAUGUUUUUAUGUUUCAAAUUGAACAGAUUCAUCAACAUAAUAAUUGUAAUUAUAUAUAAACUCACAAACUGGUUUAGCUGCAUUUGAAAAUGUCUUAAUGCACAUGUUGGUUUGUCUUUAAAAUGAUAUUUAACUGUAAAGGCAAACGUUGGUUUAUUUCCUCUUUGCCGUUAUGGUUAUUGUUAUGUUUUACCAUGCUCAUAUGAACCCACGUUUGUCAUUUAUUAUUGUAAAUUACUCAAACAUUUAUUGCAAAUAACCAUGUCAUUACAUUGUUCAGAUGGUUUACAAAAUAUUCAUACAAUCUAAAUAACUAUUUGUAAUGCUACUUAUUUAUACGUAUUGACAAUUUAUAUAAAUAUUUUGUUAUUACAUUUAUGUACAUUAUAUUUUUCAUUUUUACUUUAUUCUUGUAAGUCAAGUAAUGAUUGUUUAAUGAUCAUGUGGUAUUACCUGUAUAAACAUUAUACAUGUAACUCUAACUUUAAUCGUAUCAGUCGAUAAAUAACAAAAGGAUCCUCAUCUUAUAUAUACACUGUAUGAAACUUAGUUCUUGUAUGUCGAUUUAUGCCAACACAUUUAUUUUGGUAUAACCGAAUACAUUGUUCAUUUGAUUAUUUCUCUC